GUACCCUUUCAAAAUUCAGGUCCUUCCUAAAGGAUGUGUUUUUUUUUUGGGAAUUUUGCCGAUAAGGAACAAAACAACUCUAAUAUUGUCCCCUUAGAAUAUAAAUCAUAAUCUUUGUCCCCUUAGAAUAAAUAAUAAGACAAAUCCUGUUUUGUCCUUUUCCCUUACUAAACAAGAGUUAAAAAAAAAAAUAACAUUGCAUAAAAAUAAAAAGUAAAGACAGUAGAAGUAAAAAAAAAAAAUUAACAUUGGAGUCUCCGACUCUCUCUCUCGCGAAAGGCGAUAUCUCCGCCGUGUUCUUUCUCUGGUUGAAUCCGUUCGUCGGAGAGAUUGAACUCGUCAUCUCAUCACUCCGUCGUCGUAGUCACGCCUCUCCGUCGUCCUCACAUCUCUCCGUUGUUGUUCCAGUUUCUCUCCGUCUCUCCUCUUUGCGAACCACCGUCGUCGUCACUCUCCGCUGCAGCCGAUAGGGGUUCUUCAAGCCUCUGAGUGACCAUUUGCUUCACAUUGAUCCUCUUCUGCUCUUCCUACAUCUCGAUUCCCAAUUGAAAGGAAUGGCUUUACAGUUUCCAAAACGGAUUCUUGAAGAAGGAGCUGAGUGCAAGGUUGAUAAGAUUAACAACACUUGUAGACGUACACUUCUGGAAACGGUGAAGGAGGUUCUCAAGGAUGAGUAUGAUGAAGUUUUGAAGGAUCAUGUCUUUGGUCCGAUUCUGGCAAUCGUAGACAACAAGCUCAUUUACUCAGGGAAGAUUGUUCACAGCUUCAUAUGCAAGCAGCUCAGGGUUUCCAAGCUUCAUGAGUUGUGGUUUCUGUUUGCAAAUAGGCCUCUCAGGUUUUCUAUGCAAAAGUUUUAUGCUGUCACUGGAUUGAAGUUCAGAGAAGAACCGGAAAUAGACUUCAAUAACUGGAAGAGUGAUAAGGGGUUUUGGAGCACAGUGCUGAAUAAAAACAGAAAGGUCAACUUGUUGAUGAUAAGGGAUGAGCUUCUCAAAGUCUGCAACCAGUGGUCGUAUGUCGACAGGGUGAGGCUAGUUUAUCUAUGUAUUAUACAUGGAUUCGUCCUUGCUAAGGAUUUGAGAGUGUUUAUUCCUCACGAGUUGAUUCGUUUGGUGAUGGAUUUUGAGAAAAUGAGGAUGUAUCCUUGGGGUCUUCGCGCGUUUGAUGAGCUCACUGCAUCAAUUUUCAAAGCAAGGGAAGAUUUGCAUCUGAAGAACAGCUAUGUGUUGGAUGGUUUCUCAUAUGCGUUUCAGAUAUGGAUUAUGGAGGCAAUCCCGGACAUCGGGUCUAUGGUGGGUACAAAGAAGAAGAAAACCCUGACCAAAGUGAGAUGUAGAAAUUGGACAGGCAGUGGAAAGGUAUCAUACCAAGAUAUCACCAGCCUAGAGUCACACUUUGACAAGGGAAAGCUGUUUCCGUUUAUAUCAUCUACUGGAAGCUCGACUGCGAUAGAUAAUCCUGAGUUCUUUAGGGAAGAUGAGAAGAAUGACGAAAGAGUCAGUCGCAUUGUUGCUCUCAUUGAUGCGAAACAAGACUGGAAGCAGUUCACUUGGGAAGUUGAGACUUUGCCUACAAAUAUGGACUUAUCUGAUCCAGAAGAGGAUGUUGAGGAAGCGGCUGUUGCAGAGGAACCGGCUGUUGGAGAGGAUCCAGCUGUUGAAGAAGAAGCAGCUGUUAUUGCAAAAAGGGGGAAGCGUAAGCUAAUUGAUCCUGGUGUCGAGUCUCGGAAAAAACAGCUGCUCUGUGAUCGAGCGGCUGAACAUAACAGUGGUGUCUCAGGUGAAAUGAAGACCUUCAUUGAGGGUUUGUUCAAGGCUUCUUUCACCUCAUUUACGGAGCUGGUGCAGAAGGACAUACAAGAGCGUUUUGACAAGUUUGACAAUGAUAUUACUCUGCUCAAGGAUAAGGUGUCUCAGAUUACAGAUCUUUCAGAUACAGUUGGAAAAGACAGAGCAUCUGAGAUUCCGAGUCCAUCAGCAACACUUGGGAAAGAACAAGAAAAAUCAUCACAGAGUCAGGAUCCUUUAGCAGCAAAGAGAAAAGCCAAAGGCAAGGCAGCUGACAGUGUGGAUCCUCUGCUGCUUCGUCGUAGUUCUCGGCCAGUAAGAAAGGUAACGAAAACAUGAAGCUUUGUAAUAUAUCGGACAAAUUAUCUUCUGUUCUAAGUUACUCUGUGGUUUGACUAUUUUGUAAUCUCCUUGUAUUAUGCUAUGUAGUAUAUCGGCUUGUAAAAGUGUGGUGUAACACAAUUUUCUGUAUUUGUUAUGUUAACUCUUUUAUGCUAUUAAUGUUAUGUUUGGUUUUAUUAACAGGAUGACAUUGAGAUGUUGGAUUUUUUGAAGAAUUUGACUCUAUCAUCGAACUAUGUAGAUAAGGGGACCCAAGAA